AUGGAGGCGAUCGUGCUAUACGUAGCCACGAACCACGGUCGUGCACACCAUUCCGGUGUGUCAUGGCCUUCAAUUAAGGAUUUCAUCAUCGAACAGAGAUUUGAAUUACAAAUCAACAUAAAUUUUGUUUAUGUUUACUUGGAAAUUAAAGUUGUAAUGGAACAUCGUCCUCCUAUUGACGAAGAUUUUCUUGUUGAUCUCGAGAGUGGUACCAUUGAAGAACGAAUCCCUAAUCCCCAAUCUGAUGAAAAUCUAGCAAGAAACGAUUUUAUUUCCACCAGAUUAUGUGACCAAUUGAAUGUCGAUCCAUUAAAUGUGAAGGUGGCAAUCGACUCAAAGAUAGAAGGAGAUUCGACAAUGAAGAAAAUGGGGAAAGAGAAACGUAAAAAGUCGUGUUCAAGUGCUAAAAAACCACCUAAACCACCACGUCCACCUAGAGGCUUUUCUUUAGAUGCUGCUGAUCAGAAGCUUAUCAAAGAGCUUGCUGAACUUGCCAUGAUGAAAAGGGCAAGAAUCGAGAGGAUGAAAGCACUCAAGCACAAGAAAGCAUUAAAAGCUUCAUCUUCAUCAUCAAUCAGUGGUAGCUUGUUUGCCAUGAUCUUUACAAUCAUCUUCUUCCUAAUGAUAUUCCACCAAGGAAUGUCAUGCCAAAAUUCAAGUGUAACUUCUCAGGGUUCUCCUCAAACAGCUCAAACAAACGAAAAUGGUUUAGUAUUUACACAAGAACAACUCAAUCCAUCUGCUAGUGAUUCCAUUCUACCCGAUUCUAAAUCUUCAAGUUUUUUUCAAAAGAUUCCAGGUUCAGCAAAAAUUAUGUUUUUUAUGGCACCCAAAAAGGUGCAACAUGGACUCCUUCCGGUCUAUGUUUUGUGGAAAAAGACGUUAAUGCCCUCCUCAUCGUCAAAAAUUAGCAAAAAGCUUGUUCGGUUUCAUCUGCCAAAGGGAUUUUUUUGCAUCUGGACAAAUUGGUACAAGGAAGUAUGUGGUUCUUAA